GACCAUUAAAGUCUUCAAAGGCCACGAAACCCACUCCUUAAAAGUCAUUGUACAGGGUCACAUUUUAUAUAUAUAUAUAUAUAUAUCUAUCUUGACAUGCACAUUACUACAUUAUCUCAGCUGAUAGAUAACUGCUAGGGUCCCAAAUACAUCAUUCGUAGAGAGACCUUUGGUAGCUAGCUAGCUCUCGUGGUUGCAACUGAUCAAUGGAUGCCAAAAACUGUUACAGCUCAGGCAGUACUGGAAGUAUACAACUGGGACGGUACUAUGAUGAGCUUGAGUCCAUGUCGUCCACAACAAGCAGUAGAUCAUCAUCAAACAAGCCAAUAUUGUGGAAACUGAUUUGGAAAAAGUUGAAGAAAGAGAAGAGUAAGGUGAUUAUGUCUCCACGGCAGCAUGUACGGGUCUCUUAUGAUGCAUAUUCUUAUUCUCAGAAUUUUGAUGAAGGAUCCACGUGGGAUGAGCCCGAUAACCUCUCCCGAUCUUUCUCUGUUCGCUUCUCUGAUCCCUCCAGGAUCUCUGCUAUUGUUAAUCAACAAUUAGUACUGUAAUAUAUAUAUAUAUAUGAUCAUAUGUAAAUCAACUAUUUCCGAUUUAGCUAGGUUAAUUUCUAAGUUUUGAUCGAUCAAAUGCGUUUGAUUAUGGAAGUUAAAUUAGUAGAGAUGUUCUUCCAUCCA